AUGUCGAUUUCAGGUACAAGUACCUAUUUGUUGAAGGUCAUUCAAGCUUUUCCUGGGAGUAUGAUGUGGGUUACCCAGCGUGGAAACACGCUGGAAUUCAUUGGACAUCGGCUUAAGUAUGGUUCCGCAACCACUCCGAUCAAAUUAUUUGGUCCUACUCAUUACCAGUGGGAUCAGGGAUACUUCGAACAAGAAAUAGAUCAACGAGUUUGUGCCGGUUUGGCUGAAAAUAUGAGUCUAUUAGAAGCUUGGUCAAAAAUUCCCGAAAAACUUGCUUUUUAUGAUUACAUUGGGAAUAAUCUAGCUAAAGGGGGGUUAUUCAGGGUGGGUGCAAUGGACAAUGGAUAUGGAAUUGCUGUUGGUUGGUUAGGACACCCUAUUUUCAAAGAUAAAAAUGGACAUGAGCUUUUUGUACGUCGUAUGCCUACCUUUUUCGAAACAUUUCCAGUCGUUCUAGUAGAUGAAGAAGGAAUUGUGAAAGCCGAUGUUCCUUUUAGGAGAGCAGAAUCAAAAUAUAGUGUUGAACAAGUAGGUGUAACUGUUGAGUUCUAUGGUGGUGAACUUGAUGGAGUUAGUUUUGGUGAUCUUGCUAUAGUCAAAAAAUAUGCUAGACGUGCACAAUUAGGUGAAAUUUUUGAGUUAGAUCAAGUAAAAAGGUGA